CUUUCCUAAUUUUUUAUUAUUGAAACCAUUGGUGGUUGAGAAAGUUAAAAAAGUUUUAUAAAAAUCUAUAAAUUUAACCAAUUUUCAGUUUAACUAAAACUUUUGCUUACAGAAAAAAUAAAACGUAUAAGUUUAUCAAAAUUUGUUUUUUUAACUGUUUACCAAUAAUUAACCACAAAUCCAAUUAUCGAACAAAAUUAUAUAUUUCUUUUUCUGAAAAAGCCAUAGUUUUUAAAGGAAAAAAAAUAAAACAUUUGAUUUAAGAGAACAAAACAAAGUUUUAUAUCUUUCAUGAAAUUAACCUUUUAUCUUUAGCCACCUUCUCCUUGAAAAUGUUUUGGCUAGCUUUUAAUUCUUUCAAUUUCUUAUUAUUAAUGGUUUAAUUUGGCAAAUAUCAGCCACAAAUUACCAUGACACGUACUCCUCCUCAAUCCACCAGUAGAAAUCAGACAUUCUUCAACCAGAUAAGGCCUAGAUAAGGCCUACGUUCUCUCAUCCCUCAGAUGGAUACUCGCUUCAUCCAACGGCCAAAAUUUCCUCGCUUAUCUAAUCCCUUCACACCCAUCAAACUCUAUACAUCACGCCACACUUCUUGCCCACUACACACAAGUCACAACCCACCACCACCACCACCAAUGGCAACCGCCGCAUCUGCCGCCGCCGCCUCCUCCUUCAUCGGAACCCGUCUCCCGGACCUACAUUCCAACUCCGGCCGAGUUACAGCUAGAUUCGGAUUCGGAAAGAAGAAAGCCGCCCCCAAAAAAGCAUCGAGAACCGUAACAUCUGAUCGCCCCUUAUGGUAUCCCGGCGCAAAAGCACCGGAGUAUCUAGACGGGAGUCUGGUCGGAGACUACGGGUUUGACCCUUUCGGUUUAGGUAAACCGGCAGAGUAUUUACAGUUUGAUUUGGACUCGUUGGAUCAAAACUUAGCGAAGAAUUUGGCCGGAGACGUGAUCGGAACCCGGUUCGAAGAUGCGGAUGUGAAAUCGACACCUUUCCAACCAUACAGCGAAGUGUUCGGGCUUCAGAGGUUUAGGGAGUGCGAACUCAUCCAUGGCCGGUGGGCUAUGUUGGCUACCCUCGGCGCUCUCACCGUUGAAUCCGUCACCGGUGUUACAUGGCAAGAUGCUGGAAAGGUUGAACUAAUCGAUGGAUCAUCGUACCUUGGUCAACCACUCCCAUUCUCUAUCACCACUUUGAUCUGGAUUGAGGUUUUGAUCAUCGGCUACAUUGAGUUUCAAAGAAACGCUGAGCUUGAUCCUGAAAAGAGGUUAUACCCCGGUGGUCCGUUUGAUCCGUUGAACUUAGCCGCCGACCCCGAGAAGAAAGCCAUCCUACAACUGGCGGAGAUCAAGCAUGCCCGUCUUGCCAUGGUGGGAUUCCUUGGGUUUGCCGUUCAAGCAGCGGCCACCGGAAAAGGUCCUCUCAACAACUGGGUUACUCAUUUGAGUGAUCCACUUCACACUACUAUCCUUGACACCUUUGGCUUCUUCUCGUAAAAUCGUUUUUUGGAGAUUCCGUUGAUAAAUAUAUAUCAUCACCGAUGUAGUUUUAUGAUUACGUCUAUCUUGUAAAGUUUGUAACUUUUGACAAAUCAAGCGGAACAAUAUAUUGCUUUUUAUUGUCACUUCGCAUGGAUCGAACCUAUGACACUUGUUUUUGUCAAUGAUGAGGGGAAAUCUGUAUAAACCGUUUGCUUUUGAUAUUUAAAUAAAGAAUAAUGAAUAUACAUUAAUUAACUAA